GCGGUCUAUAACAAAUAGAAGAAGAACGCUUCCGGAUUGUCAGAACGUUCGAAGUGUUCCAGAUCAGAAAUGAGUUGCACGAUUGAAAAGGUGCUUGCUGAUGCUAAAGCUCUUGUGGAGAGGUUAAGGGACCAUGACAAUGCAGCUGAGGUGCUAAUUGAACAAACCACAUCACUUAACAAGCGUGUAGAAGCUAUGAAACAGUACCAGGAAGAAAUCCAAGAGCUAAAUGAGGUGGCCAGACAUAGACCUCGGUCAACACUAGUCAUGGGGAUCCAGCAGGAGAAUCGACAGAUAAGAGAACUACAACAGGAAAACAAAGAACUGCGCACAUCACUUGAGGAGCAUCAAUCAGCCCUUGAACUCAUAAUGAGCAAAUACAGGGAACAAGUUUUCAGAUUGUUAAUGGCCAGCAAAAAAGAUGACCCAAUAAUCAUCACAAAAUUAAAGGAACAGCAUUCUAAUGAAGUUCAGACACAUAUAGACAAAAUUAAUGAAAUGGCAGCAGUUAUGAAAAAGGCUAUUGAACUUGAUGAAGGCCGAUUUUAUGAAGAUGAGGAACGUAUCAGACAAUUAGAGCUUGAAAACAGUGGCCUGAGGGAGCUGCUUCACAUCAGCCGAGAAGCCUUUUUAUCGUUGAAAAAAGAAGAUACAUCAGAGAGCACAUCUUUAUCUGGCUUAGUCACAAGUGCUGAUCUCAGCCUCAGAAAAAGCUAAAUAAACUUGUAAAAUGGAAGUAUUUUAACAGAUUAACAAUAUGAUGGACAAACCCGGACAAUCUAAGCCACUCGCCAUCCACACAGGGUACUCGGUUCUGUUUUGGGUUUUAUGAUGCUCAUUUUUCUCCGUUUUUUCUUUUUUUGGCCCAUUUUUAGUAUUCAGUUUAUGAUAAUAUGAGAGGAUUUUUCUUCUUUAUAUGUAAGAAGGUGAGUUGUAUAGCAGAUGUAAUCUGUGUGUGACAUGCAAUAUUGUAGAAAAGGCCAGGAGAGCUUUGGUGUAUAAAAUGAAUGCGACAUAUACAGUAUAUCCCUUUUUCUCUAGACACAAAUACUUCUAAAAAAAAAAACCUUCGAAAGGUUAAGAAAAACACUUUAAGUUAUAAGUAUGAGCGAUUUGAGCAAUGGCUCAAAAUAGCAUCUAGCACUAGUUGUUCAGGGGUGUAUCCUGCCUCAUGGCCAGUGUUGGUAAGAAAGGCUUAGGCCCUCUGCGGUGUGAAAUUGGAUUCAAUUGGUCUGAGAAAGUUGUGCUGUGUUUUUGCAGUAUUAAAGAUAGCCUUUUCAGUUAAUAUUUGUUUAAAAACUGUCAUACCUUAGGUUUCUGGGAUUUUUAUAGCUCAAUUGUUAAAUAUGAUUUUCUAAAUUGUAAGGUAUAAAAAAAACAACCUAAUAACAGAACUUUAUUUAUAGCAGUCAAAGCCCAGAGACAAAUUAGAAGGCAAGGCUCACAACAAAUUAGAGAAGAGAAGAAAGUCCCAACUACUUAAAACCAAAAGAUCGGACAUUCUGUGUGUUUGUUUUGAGAGGAAUUAAUCUGUGGCCACAGGUAAGCGUACCUGAUUAAUGUACCAACCCACUAAGAAAGUGAAGGUUUUUACUUAAAUGAUUUUUGAAAUUAUUAGUAAGAAAAAUGGGACCAAGUUUUUUCACAUUUAAAAAUCACUUGUCGUACGUUCAACAUUUUCGUGCUCUUUUCCUUCUCCUGCAUGAGUCUUUUGCAUCAAAAGCAAGCAAUACUGUUGCAGAUGUAUUUCACUUUGGUUUACACACAUCAUGCAUAAACUGAAGUAGUUUUAGUAUAAAUCACUGGAUUAAUGUGCUGUUUUGGUAGAGUGCUAAUGUUUAUACUGUUCAACUUUUUAAUGGAAUAAAUUGGAAUACUCAGGGUUU